GUUCCGCGUGUGCGCGUCGACACAACCCCACCCUACCUCGAUCGCGAGAAAAGAGAGAGAGGGGGACUAUGGCCCAGAUAGGUGUGCACUUCCGCGCAACUCGCCAGCUUGUGGGUACUGUGCGAGCCUCUCCCCUGCUGGGCUGCAGAAGAGCUCUCUCGGCAUCUGCUGACCCCUAUGAUGUCGUCGUAGUAGGAGGAGGUCCCGGCGGGUAUGUAGCUGCCAUCAAGUCGAGCCAACUGGGGCUCAAGACCGCUGUCGUGGAGUCUCGAGGCAAGCUAGGAGGUACCUGCCUCAACGUCGGGUGCAUCCCUUCCAAGGCAUUGCUGCAUUCGUCGCACCUGUACCACGAGGCAACUCACAAUAUGGCUUCUCAUGGCAUCAGCGUGGGGGAUGUUUCCAUGGAUGUUGGCAAGAUGAUGGAGAACAAGGACUCAAAAGUCGAGGGGCUUACUGGAGGAAUCGAGUACCUCUGCAAAAAGUACAAGGUGGACUACAUCAAAGGGUUUGGCAAGCUUGGUGGGCCGAACACCGUGAAUGUGGACCUGACGGAGGGUGGACUGCAAUCCUUGGAGACGAGAAACAUUGUCAUCGCCACUGGUUCGGAAGUGACUCCUCUCCCUCCUGUGCCCGUAGACAACGCGCAGCAGAAGAUUGUGGACUCGACAGGCGCGCUGGAACUCAAAGAGGUUCCCAAGAGCCUGGUACUGAUUGGGGGUGGCGUGAUCGGGCUGGAGAUGGGCUCUGUUUGGGCUCGGCUUGGCUCAAAGGUUACGGUUGUGGAGUUCCUGGACCGGGUGUGUCCUUCAAUGGACCACGAGAUCACCAAGGCCUUCACACGUGUUCUCAAGAAGCAGGGGCUCAAGUUCAAACUCAAAACUAAGGUCACGUCUUCUGAGGUGACCGAAUCAGGUGUCAAGCUCACCAUGGAACCUUCGAAGGGAGGAGCGUCUUCAACCAUGGAGGCGGACGUGGUGCUCGUCGCGACCGGCCGGCGGCCGUUCACGGCCAACCUGGGCUGUGACGAGUUGGGCAUCUCACUCGAUAAGAUGGGCCGUAUCGAGGUGGACCCGCACUUCCGCACGGCAGUGCCUUCAGUGUUUGCCAUCGGUGACUGCAUCUCGGGUCCCAUGUUGGCACACAAGGCCGAGGAAGAGGGCAUCGCGUGCGUGGAAGGUAUCGCAGGCUUCGCUGGGCACGUGAACUACGACGCUAUACCUGGAGUGGUUUACACGUACCCGGAGGUCGCAGAGGUGGGCAAGACAGAGGAAGCGUUAAAAGAGGCGGGGGUGGCGUACAACAAGGGAACGUUCCCGUUCUCGGCCAACAGUCGUGCCUCGUGCGUGGGCGACAAAGAUGGAAUGGUCAAAAUCCUCAGCGAUAAGGAGACAGACCGUAUUCUUGGCGCUCACAUUCUGGGGCCAAACGCCGGCGAAAUGAUCGCGGAGGUGGUGCUUGCCAUGGAGUACGGAGCUUCGAGCGAAGAUAUUGCCAGAACGUGCCACGCCCACCCUACCCUCAGUGAGGCGCUGAAAGAGGCUUGCAUGGCAACGUACGACAAGCCUAUCCACUUCUAGUUUUCGUCUGCACCCUUUUGUUUGUUCGCCCAAGGGACGUGCUUGAUUUUUUAAGUGCUGGUGUUGGGUGUCGUUUGCUGUGUAGGAUUCAGGGCGAAGGUUGAGACGGGGCGGUAUCAUUCGUUCAGCGGGUGAAUUUUAGGACGCGUGCCUUAUGCUACCGGCUGUGGGGCACUAUUUUUUUCCCUUCUUCUUUUUCGAAGAUUUGGCAGCCUCGGCCUUCUUCUCUGCUUCCAGCUUUUCUUGAAGGAGCCGAGCCGCCUCUGCCUCCAUUGCGGCUUGCUGGGCAAACCUGAAUGUGAAUGAUUGAUGUGUGCGGUUGGUUUGUCUCGUUGGAAUGGUGGAACAAUGCAUGGAUGCUCAAGUCUCGCUUGCAUAUUCAGGGGACUGGGUCCAUAACGUCUUGGUCUGAUAGUUACGAAGACAUGAAAGGGAACAGACACGUUUCGCUAUCGAAUGGCUAUUCAUGGAAUCCCACAUGCGGAUAUGUGCAUCGUAGUGAGUGCUUACCCUUUCUCUUCCGCCUUUCGACGUUCCUCGGCU